UCUCCACUUGUUUUCGUCUCUUUUCUCCUCAGUCCGUCUCUCUAUGUAAAGACAGGAGCUCAUCUACCUUCAGUCCAGUAAAGAGGAACACACCACCGCUCACCAUGUUCACUGUUCUUUCCCUGCUUCUACUGACAGGAGCACACAGCGCGACGGCUCAACCAUUAAGAUCCACACUGGCCGAACUGGUUCUGGACGAAAUGACGCAGCAAUUCUGAAGUGAAAGUGUUCAACAGACUCCGAUGAAUCAAGAACCAGUGAAACACGAAGCCACGUUUCAACUCAGCGACAAAACAAAGAGUUUCUUGUCUUGUGCACAUUAUGAACUGUUCUAUAUGUAAACAUAUAUAUUUAACAUAGUUUUAAUCGUUCUAUGAUUUAAACUGUGUAAACUGACAAAUAAGGAGACGACUCAGGUUUCGGUUUGUUAUUGUAGUCAGUAGGUGACGCUGUUUCCAUAUUAACAGGAAGCUGCUGAGCACAAACAGCUUCCUGUUUAGUUGUUACAAUGUUCAACAUCAUGUAGGCUGAUAAAGACCGUGAGUGACGUCACUGACUUGAGAUAUUACUAAUUAAUGAUCUGUUAUCAAUGUGACCUCCUCCUCCAAUACAAUCAACACACAUUGUUACUAACACAAAACACAAAUUCAUCUCUAAUGUAAAUGAUGUCAGUGAAAAGAAGCAGGGAGACAAAGAAUCAGGACGAGGCUGCCUCCAUGAUGAAUAACUGACAGAUGUCUGUUAAUACUUUCUAAUGUGAUAACAUCUGCACUGAAGCUGGACUGCUUGAUGGAUUCACUCUCUGAAGUAUUUCCUCACUACGUCGUCUCAAGUCCCAAACCUUCCAGAGUUUGUGGGUGUUAGUUUGGUUGAUGACGUUCAGAUCGAAUACUAUGACAGCAACACAAUGAAGGCAGAACCCAAACAGGACUGGAUGUUCAAGGCAACUGAUUCAAAGUACUGGGAGAGGCAGACUCAGAUUGGUUUGGAUGCACAGAAGUUCUACAAAAACGAAAUUGAAAUCUUAAAGGAACGCUUCAACCAAACUGAAGGUGUUCACAUUUACCAGCGGAUGGUCGGAUGUGAAUGGGACAAUGAGACUGGAGAAGUUAAAGGUUAUGAUCAGUAUGGUUAUGAUGGAGAAGACUUCAUAUCAAUGGACUUGGAGACAGAGACGUGGAUCGCACCAACACCAAAGAGUUUCAUCACCAAACUGGAGUGGGAUCAGGAUAAAGUUCAUCUCACAUUUAAAAAGAAUUACCUCCUCCAGGAGUUACCUUCCUAUCUGAAGAUGUUCCUGCAGCACGGGAGGAGCUCUCUGCUGAGAACAGAGCUUCCCAGGAUUUCUCUCCUCCAGAAGUCUCCCUCCUCUCCAGUCAGCUGCCACGCUACAGGUUUCUACCCUGACAGUGCUGUGUUGUUCUGGAGGAGAGAAGGGGAGGAGCUUCAUGAGGACGUGUACCAGGGAGAGGUUCUCCCCAACCAUGACGGAACCUUCCAGAUGAGCACUGACCUGAAGGUUUCAUCCAUCUCCCCUGAAGACUGGAGGAGGUACGAGUGUGUGUUCCAGAUCUCUGGUGUGAAGGAGGACAUCGUCACCAAACUGGACAAAGACUCAGUCGAAUCCAACAGAGAGAAGCCCAUCAGCGUGACCACCAUCAUGAUCAUCAUCACUGCAGUGGUCGCUCUCGCUGUCGUCAGCGCUGUCAUUGGACUCAUCGUGUACAGGAGGAAGAAAGCCCAAAGUACCUCACCUGCUGGAAAAGAUCCAGGUUCCUCACAGCCGCUGAGAUCAGGUGAUGGAGGUUCUAAUUCUCCAAGUGAGACGUCCUCCUGAACACAGUUUAUGGAAGAGAAGCAGUGUCACCACAGUCUCCCCCUUACGCUGGGAACUCAUUGAUUAUUCAUCACUCAAAUCAUAAAGUGAUAUUCAGGGUCAGACAUUGAUUGAAAUCCAUCAACACAACUGACAAAUAUGACAAAAAUAAAUGGUCGGGUCGAUUAAAUUUGAUCUUUAUUUAAAAGUAAGAAAUGUAAACUUCCCUCUGAUAAACGUUUGUUUAAAGAUUGGUAAAUCAAAUGAGGAUUAUAACUUUUUUUAACCUGUAGUGAAGUAAAACACAUUUUCAUAAACAAUGAAAGUAUCACAACACUGUUCACAUGCAGUUAAUUUAAAGAUCAUCUUAAUUACAGUUUCAUAUUCCUCUUGUUGGGGCAUCCAUGUAAAGUCAUGUAAAUAAUAUAAAUAUACAUAUAUAGACACCCACGCGUCCUCAUUUUAGGGUCUGGAAAUAUAAUCUGUCUCAUGAUUCCAUAAAUCUUAACGUAUGUGACUCACGUAUCUCGAGAACCGUUCAUUUUAUCAGCUUCACACUGGACCUGUGUGUUGUUCAGGGCCCAAGGAGGUGCGGCGUUGAAUCUGGUGUGAUUUGGACAAGUGAUACAAUCAAUGUUUAUAGAAUUCAAAUAAUUUUAUAAAUUACACACAAUGAGUUGUUGUCAUACACGGACACACAACACGAGCAUCAGUACCAACUUUGUUUUCCAGUUAAAUAUUCUGAUUUUAUUUUAUUUCUAAUUUGGCCUGAACAAGAAAUUAAUUAAUCCAGAGUUGCUCGUUUUGUUUGUUUGAUUGUAUUGAUGCUUUGCUGUGUUCUUCACCUUUAAAGUUCAUUUGAGUGGAGAUCAUAAAAGGGUUGUGUGAUGUUUUAAGUAUCUCAUGUGAAAUGUUCUGUUAAUAUUUAUAAUGUUAGUUUUUAGGGACAAGAGACUUUUCAUUUUUAACCUUGUUAACAUUUACACUGCAAAAGUGAAAAGGUUUGAAUGGGGCAAAAUUACUGAACUUAUCUUUUGUGAGUUUAAAAACUUCACAUUUUCUCAAAGCUGUGAGUUCUAGUGUCCCUGCUCGUCAGGCUCCAGAGGAUUCAAGCAGUUUAUUCCACAUGCAGACGUGAAAUUGAUCAGCCUGAGCAGUGAUGUUCUCCAUAUGAACAUUUUAAUACAUUCAUAUCGUCCUGUUGACCACUCACACACUUUACUGUACUCACUCAGUCACAUUCACUCACUCAGUGCUUUGUUCUGUCACAUGUCAAUCACACACAUUGUCCACGAAGCUGUCAGGGGUAGUUUUAGCUUUCUGUGUCUUGCUUAUGGACACUUGGUCAUGCGGACUGGAAUAUCUGGGAAUCGAACCUGUGCUCCUCUGGUUAGUGGACCAUCCGGUCUACCUCCUGAGCCACAGCCGCCUAAACAUGCAGCUACAGAACCAGAAUUUCUGUCCUGUAUUCAACCUAAACACUCACCUUUAAGAAGUUAGGUCACGUUUCCCCUGAUGAGACAUGAGACGUGUCAUAUCACAAACGUACCAUUUUGUGUUUUGCCAACUUAACUUCAGCAACUUUACAAAUUUAAAUUAGUAAAGUUAGUUGAAGCAAAUAUGUUUACAAAUCCAUUAAAUAUUCUCUGUUGAUUAUAUUUAUAAAUCGCAGUAACACAUUUUCACGUUUUCAUUUUGACAGUGUAGAAGCUGAACGUUUGAGGCUCAAUUUCUCUACUUGUGUCUUGUUUUUAUAAAUAAAUGUUAAAUUAAGCUGCUUUGCUGUUUCAUUCCUUUUGUACUUGUGUUUAUAAUAAAGUCUCUGAUGUUCUCUGGGA